AUUUGUAUCAGAUUGUAGCAGCAGUUCGGCUCUGUUGCUUUUGUUCGGAGAACGGGGCUCGGAGAACAAGGUCACGCAGGUAAAAUGGCAGUCGUUGGACGGUGUUCGUCGUGUUUCGAUCAUAAGCUCGCACUCUCGGAAAUUACAGGGGCGAAUUGGCUGAAAAGGGAGAAGACGGAACGUGCUCGAGAGAUUAAUUUCGAAACCGAAGUCCAGCGAGUGUCUCGUAAUAAUACAGGGACGGCUCCUCCUCGGGUUUUCCCUCGACCAAUCUGGUUAUAGCUGUGGUCGAGAGUCGAACCGCGGUGCACGCAUCCCGUGUGGAUCACGCGAAAUCCUCUCUGGUACCGGGCAGACCUUUCGAGAGAGAUCGUCUGAAGAGGCUCGAUCGAACCACGACGAGAUCCUCGAGUUACUUCCCACUUGCUACGGAUCAAAGAGAAUUCUGCUCUCAGUGCUGCUGUUCGUAGUUGAAGCCGGGUCGAGUCUCGCUCGUCGAGAAAGAAGAUCGGUUCGAAUUUUUCAUUCGAGAUCAAAAGCGACUUCAGAUCCUCGACGCGGAUCCCAACGGGGAAUUUAUACGCUUCAGCCGGCAGAAGGAAAAGAAACAGAGGAUCCAAGAGGAGAUGUGACGUAACUGCGCGGCAUGAUAAUAGAUACGAGACACCUGUCUCUACGAGAUAAAUCGAUCGAAUUUGAGUUCGACGAAAAACCCGUCCAACGAACGAUUUCGUGUUCCAUUCCCGCUGCGAUAUAUCUAUCGAGUCGGUGGCAACGAUGAAAAUGGAGGCGGAGCAUAGGUUGGAGCAGUUGAAGAAGGCGACGGACAGAAUACAGAAGGAGAUCGAAGAGGUCACAGAGAGGGAGCACGAGCUGAGAAACGUGGGCAGCAUUAAAACCACGUCCCACGAGACGGUGGAUUCCAAGGUGCGACGCAUGCCGCAAGCUCUGGCCUCGGGGAAGUUGAAGAGGACAACAUCAACGCCACAAAUUUUGGAAGCAGUCAGUUUUACACCAUCUACACCGCCCUUGACGCCAAAGAUGACGAACGGAGUUAUAUCCAGUCGCACCACUCCUACACCUCUGCGUUUCGCGACAGCACCUAGUCAAAAAGGUCUGAUGCACAGGUUCCUGGCUACACGGGGGAAAAUUUAUAAACCAAAAUCAGCGGCGAACGACACGGUAACACCGCUCACGACGCCCAGCAUCACGCUCAAUCCAUUGAGCAUCAAAGCUUUCAAUAGGAGUUUGGAAAUUCAAUUCGAACCAGACGACGAGCCGAAGAAACCUCCCGUUAGGAAGGGAUACGUUCCUGUAGAAGAAAAAAUUCAGAAAGAAUUACACGAAAUGAAAGAGCGAGAGAACGAGCUUAGAUUAAUGCGAUCUCAAAUGUUGGCCAAGUCUCAACCAAAUCUUUUGGAUAUUGGAAACGACAAUGAUUCCGAUAUUUAUGAUGGCUCAAGUUCGUUAAGAAGCGGUACCUCGACCAAUACCUUGAACGAGGACGAAGUAGAAAAAGAAACUAAAGGGAAACAUAAGGUAUUGAUACUAGUCUUUUAAAGUUCAAAUGUGUUUUUGAAUGCGCAAAUGUAUGUAUUUGACAAUGACUAAUUAUUUGUGUUGGUCAAGUAUUAGAAUAAGUACACGCAUUCGUAUUUUUAAAUGGUAAUCAAUUAGUAAUGUGUGUUUAAUUUUGUACAGCCAAAUCCACGACGCAGAAGCACUCUCAUCGCGCAAUGGGAAAAUUUGAUAGCUGCGAAAAAAGAAUCUAAUGACAAUAACAACGAGAACGAUGUAAAUUUUUGAAAAAAAUUGUGUAAAAAAUCAAUGUUUAUCCUCGUCUUUACAUUAUUCCUUUAAAUAUUCAAAUGAUUUAAAUGAAUGAAAUGAACUUCAAAAUGUGUCGCAACAAUCUUUAUGAAGCACAUUUCAUGCUACACAUUGCUGGUUUUAUUAAUUUUUCCAAAAUAAUUUAUUUAAUGUUACGAUAAAUAUUUAUACAAAAGUGGAAGAUUUACCUGAUUAAACGUAUAUUAUAUUUAAUGUUUUUUUUCAAUGCUUUCAGUAUUAGAAAAUUAGCUACAAUGGAAAGAAAAUUAUCUUUUCCUUUGUACGGAUCAAAAAAUAUUGUUAAGUAUUAUAAGCUUAUAUUCGAUAUAUCUGUUUGUUAAUUGUAAUAUAUCUAUUAUUAGAUUAUAUAGACACAUGGAAAUAACUGAGAAUAUCCAGUUCUGAUGAUUUCCUGUAAUAUGUGCUAUAUAAUAGUUAUUAUAAAUCAUAUAAGAACAUAUUAUAUAAUUGUAAAAAAUAAUUAUAUUCAAUUUACUUAUGUGAUAGUAUAAUUCUGCUAUAGUAAUAAUAAGAAAAAUAGUUUGUGAAGUUAUGUAAUUAACAAGGCAAAUAUCUUACAACUUCCUCGUUUAUAUUUUUAAUUCUAAAGUUAAUUUUUUAAUUUAAACAAAAAACGCCUGAAAUGUAUUGAAAAUAUUUAUUUUAUGCCAUAAUAAAGAUUAUAAUACAUAUAUUUUACAUAAACAUAUUAAACUAUAAGUAUAAAUAAUUCCUCAAGAUUAUUACAUUGAUUAAUAGAAAUUAAUAUUACAAGAGACUAAUAAAAAAUUAGUUAACAUACAAUAAAUAUAACUUAACCUACGAUUCCUAAGAUAUAAACAAAAAUAAUGAUAUGUUUAUAUAUAUAAUAUAUUUAUGUAUCAUAUUUUAUUAUUUGCAGUAUUCAAUCAGCUACUUAA